AUGAAAUGCAACGCCGAAACGCCUAUAUGUUCUCGGUGCGCUGCCGAUAGCCUAGCAUGCACGUAUGCCCGGUCGCGCCGUGGCCAUCGCCGCUCCAGGAGGUUAGGCGAGACAACGGCCAUAUCCAAUAGCCACCUCCAGCAGGCUACCAAUAACCCGACACUCCCCAGUCCGACAUCCUCUUCCGGCGGCAAUGGAACUACUAGGAGCGCGGGCAGAGGCUUCAGCAGUACGCCCAUAACGCUUCCAAGUUCCUUCUCUUCCGAGAAUCUACCGGGCGCCGAUUCCAUCGACCAAGAUCUGAUCGGCCACUACUACACCUACUUCCACGGUGCCCACCCUUGCGUGUUGCCGCGCUGGGCACUGCAGCAGCAUAACAGCACGAAUCCUGAGAUGUUUACCCCCAUCCUACUUGUCAUGCAGUAUAUCGGUUCCCUUUUCGAGCCGGCCGUCGCGUCGGAACCGCUCAAGAAGAUGGCGGUGAAUGCCCUUCCCAUCAGCCCCGGCUACACAGGCCCCCUCACACCACACCAAAUUCAAGCCUUGAUGCUCUUCUCUAUUGCCAUAUACUGGUGCGACGAGAUUGAAGAAGGCCUUCGGUUACUUGAUAAAGCCAUUGGGGCGGCCCUGGAACUACGAAUGCAGCUAGCUCCCUUUGCGACGGAGCAGGGUCACGACAACCCCGUGCUACAAGAAAGCUGGCGCCGUACCUGGUGGCAGCUCUAUGUUACCGACGCCCAUAUUGCUGGCAGCACACAUACAUUCCCAACUCGGGUCAGUGGGAUUGAGGUUACUACUCUGCUUCCAUGCGAGGAUGGAUGUUAUGAAUCUGGGGAGAUCCCACCACCUCGGACUUUAGAGGAGUACGACAUGCGAGAGUUCUUGCCCGACAACGAUCCGGGAUUCUCGUCUUUCGCUCACCUCGUUGGGAUUACGCGUACACUAGACCUAGUGCUUUCAGGAAACAUCCCCGUUGCUCAGAACCUCCCGGCAAUCUGCGCACAAUCCGACAUCAGCCUGUGGGCCUGGUGUUCGUUGCUGCCACAAUCCAAACGGAGUCUACUUGACAGCAAACGGGAAGUUGACAUGCAGUUAUUCAAAGCAAACAUACUGAUAAACACAUAUAUUGUCGACCUCCACCGCCCGUUCUCGGACCUGGCAUAUAGCGACGUGGAAUCGGUCGCACGAUGCGCGCCGCCCGCCCCCAUGGCCAAACAGCGGUCGUCUUCUUCCGAGGACACGCACGUACACACGACCAAAGCCCUCCUAGCCAUCCGGCGGAUCGGUGACCUCCUCCCUCUGCCACCCAACAUCGUCACGCAAACGCCGUUCACCAUCUGCAUGGUUGCCAACACCUUGGUGGCGCACCUUUCGGCGUGCCGGUACCUCUUCCGAGGCCGCGCCCUCCAGCUCGAGCGCGAGCGCGUCCGGUCCAGCAUGGGGGCACUGCACGCGCUGGGCGAGUACUGGCCGCUGGGCAAGCGGACGUACCGCGAGAUGGGUGUCAUCGCCCGCGAGAUCCUCGGUCUCGCGGACCGCGACAUCCCGCGUCUGCAGCCCCGGCUGGAGACGCCGCCGUCGCAGCAGCAGCAGCAGCAGGAGCAGCAGGAGCAGGAGAAAGAGGCGCCACCGCGGCCUGCGUCAUCGUCGCAGCUGCCGGAGAUGCAGCUGGAUCUUGACGCUGGGCUCUUUGAUUUUCAGAACUUGUCGCCAGGCAUGCUUACUUCGUGCGAGGCUUUUCUCGCACUAAAUGAUGUGUGCCAGUGA